UUCAUCUUUCGAACGCAACAGUUUCGCACUGGCCGUUAUGGAGCGCGCGCGUUCCGAUUCAAAUAUGGAAUUCGCGAAUCUCAACUUUUUCGGGAUGCGCAGAUUAGUUUCGAAAAUAUUAUAUUUCGUGCCAGCAUUCAAUAUUCGGUGAAGUUUGUGUUCUGUGUUCAAAAGUUUCAGCAGAGACGGUUCCAACAAUAGACCGGACAUACCUGCGUUGGCAAAUAUUAAAACUUUAUCUAUAAAUUAAAUAAAAGAUUGCAAGCAUAAAUUAAAAUUUCAAACACUAAAAGGCAUUCACCGUACUAGGUUCUAGUGUCCACAUAAAUUUGAUCGUCUAAAUGAAGUGUGUGAGGGGAUAUAGUUCUCAAAGUGGCGGCUUUGUGUAAUUAUAUUCCAUUAAAGUGUUCGAUGAAAGGUUUUGAAUGGUUGUGGAUGUGGGAACCUAGGAUAAGCAGACUCAUUUGUUCUUUUUGGUGAAUACCGAUAAGGUCAAAUGGGAAAAUGCCAAAUCCAGAAUAAAUAUUCAAAAUACGCGAACUGAAAGCACGAUCAAUAUAUGUAGAAAAUUAUUUAUCGGGCAGGAUACUGAAUAAUGUUUAUAAAAUUAAUUUUAAUGAACUGAACACAUUACACACUCUAAAUUUAGAUAAGCGGGCCAGACACAGUCACUUCAGAGGCUUAAGAGUCAUCAACUUCCGAUUCACCGACAAAGUGCUUCAAAACGAAGUGGGUGAAGCGGUCCUGAACCUGCAUGUCCAGGAAUUAGAGCCUCAGCAUAACAUCACAUCAGAUAUACAGCCAGACGAGUUUUUCACAGUCACGUUACAAGUCAGCAGGGUGACUAGGAACACUCACGGGAACGGCAAGGCUUCUGUGCCGUAUACAGAUAACUCUGUGAAGAUGUCCAGAAAAGAUUUGAAAAUUGGGAAGUGGCUGAAGGUGAAUGUGACGAACAUGGUGGCAGAAUUCUUCAGGCUGCCGAGGGAGAACCUAGCUAUAGUUGUGAGAGUACAAGACUCAAUGAACAGGAUGAGCUUAGUCGUGCCGCAUCCUAGUUCAGAAACUAAUAAUGCUCUGAUGCCAUACAUAGAGUUAAGUCUAAGAGACAAUUCCCACAAACGAACGCGGCGGACCAUUGGCAUGGACUGCACGGAGAACACCAAAGAAGUGCGCUGCUGUCGGUACCCCCUCGUCGUCAACUUCGAGGAGUUUGGCUGGGACUGGAUUAUCGCGCCCAAACAAUACGAUGCCAACUAUUGCAGCGGCGAGUGCCCUUUUAGCUUCUUACAAAAGUUCCCCCACACUCACAUAGUACACUUAGCUGCCCCCCAAGGCAGCGGCGGCCCCUGCUGCGCACCUAGACGAAUGAGCAGUAUAUCUAUGCUUUAUUUUGAUCAUGACUUGAACAUCAUAUACGGAACUAUCCCUGGAAUGGUUGUCGAAAGCUGUGGUUGUUCAUAGCGGUUCCAACUUAGUCAAGUCUGGUUUUAAAUGUUCACAAUUUUUACUAAAAAUCGAUACAUUGUAUUUUGUAUUGUUUUAAAUUCUUUUUAGUCUGAGCGUUUGAAGCCCCUUAAGUGUUAUCUGUGGCUAUGUGAUACUUGGUUGAAGACUGCGGACUCUCUUGUGUUGUGUGCCGUGACUGUGAGCAUGUAAAUUUAUUUUUACAUUUGUACCUACAUCUAGUUUAAAAUCAACGCUGACUCAUUCAGCAUUCUUCAUCUGCUUAAGUUCAGUUUCGACAAUCAUUGGACUAUCAACUACAGGAUUGAUAAAUUAUAUUAUCAUCUAUUUUUAAGGGAUGACUCAGCGUUGGAAUCAUCUUAAUUUAUAAAUAUAUCAUGUUUCAAUUACUUGUAAUGUUUCGUAUAAGGUUUAAUUGCAUUUAAAGCAUGUUACGAAUUAUCUUUAUUUAUUUAUAACUUCUAAAUAAAUUGCGAAGAUAGUGAUGCUAAUAGAAUAGUCAUUUUAAAAUCAAUAAUCUUUAGUGUUUUUUUAUCUGACGACUUUUGACUCCCAUUUUGAUAAAAAAGUAUACGACCUUAUAAUAUGAUAAUGCAUUAUCAAGGUCUUAUGCAGUAAUUAUAAAAUUUCUUAGUAGGACAUGUCUUUAUCAGUUUUUUUUUAUUUGACCUUUUUAGUUUUUAUAACUACGUGCUGCACACUUAUCUUGCAAUGUGAAUUUUUUAAUGAUUGUGUGUAUUUUCUAAGUUAAAAUUAAUUUCAAUGUUUUUGUCAUUGGAUUUUCUUGAUAAAUAUUUAAUUUAUAGUCAACUUUCACACAUUUUUGUUUCUAAAUUUUUUUUUAUCAAAAUUAUGCUUAAAAAUUUCUGCAUCAAUGACUGGAUAUACUUAAUUUUUAAUUUAUUAUACAAUACAGAAUUUUAAAGUGAAAUUAUUGCCGAUAUAGACAUCACUAAUACAUAAAGAUAUAAUUUUAAGUAGAAACUUUUUAAUAAUAAAAUAUUUUAUGUGUACUUUUCGAUUUCUAUUUUUUUUAUGAUAUUUUUGGAUCUCGUAUUUCAAAAUUAUAUUAUUUAAAUUCUUUAGUAAUAGCGGGUGGUGCUUAAAAUAUAAUUAUAUAUCUAAUUGCACAAUGUUAUAUACAACAGUGCCUACCCAGUGUUUAAUUUUAAAAUAAUUUUAAUGUGACGUAUUAUUUUGGCGUAAUCAAAAAAGAUAAAUUUAAUUAGAUAUUUUUGUAUUAUGUAAGAUUUUAGUAAAAUUUUCGGACAGAUGUUAUUAAUUUUCAAAAAUUAGAUCUCAUGUUAGGGCCGCCAUUUAUGUGCCUUUAUAAAGAUCUCCCAAUUUUUGGAACCAACGAUUGAAAAAGUGUUUUAUACAAACAUUGUAGUGUAAGUUUACAUGGUAAUAUAUCUCUGAAUAACUUGAUAUUGUCAAAAACUAACAUUUUCGUGUAAGUUUUAUAAAAUAAAUCGAGCAACUCAUAUUAUAUGACUUGUGUUAUUUUGUGGGUGUAAAGUCUUAUAACAAUAUGGAAAUAUAUGUCUAUAAAAUUUA